GUGGUUGGAUGACUGCCACCUUUACCGACGGGCAGCUGUUUUGCAACAGUGUGCGCGAUGUUUGUUCAACAGAUCGGGACACGCAGAAUGAGUUCCCACUAACUCCUUCGACAAGCUUCGACAAGCUUCGACAAGUACAGACUCCCUCUGCUGCUGCUGAUGAUGAUGUAGAGAACCUCAUUCCUUGGUUUAACACCGCCUGUUUGUGUGUGUGUGUGUGUGUGUGUGUGUGUGUGUGUGUGUGUGUGUGCGUGUGUGUGCGCGCGCGUCUUGACACUCGUAUUGUUGCUCCACCUCCGUCGACUUGAAGUUUAAAAGCCGCCUGCAAAGCUGCUGCGAGGUAGUUUCUCAAGAGGAAGCAGAAGAGCGGGAGGCGGACUGAUUUCAUUGAGGAGAAACAGAAAAAGAGAAAUAAAGAGAGGAAGAAAAAAAAAGAAAAAGACAUUACGAUGGCAGAGAAUAAGAUGGGCCCGAACCUCCAGGCUGGAGCUGGAUUCCUCGCCAAACGGGUCCAGAAGUCUCUGAAUCGAGCCCAGGAGAAGGUCCUUCAAAAACUGGGCAAAACCAUGGAGACCAAGGACGAGCAGUUUGAGCUGUGUUUCCAGAGCCUCAACAAACAACAGAUUGAUGGAAGCAGGUUGUUUAAAGACGUCAAAGCCUACCACUCAGCAGUGAAAGCCGUGCACGAGACGUCCAAGCGUCUGUCACAGACGUUGCGAGACAUCUACGAGCCAGACUGGAAAGGAGAGGAGGACCUCGCUGUCAUUACAGAGAGUGAAGAUCUGCUGUGGAACGACUACGAAGAGAAACUGAGUGACCAGAUCGUGCGCACCAUGGAGAACUACACAAGCCAGUUCCCAGAGGUCAAGGAACGUGUAGGUAAACGCGGUCGCAAGCUGGUGGACUACGAUUCAUCGCGUCACCACCUGGAAGCGCUGCAGAGUGCCAAGAAAAAGGAUGAGGCCAAAAUAGCAAAGGCGGAGGAGGAGUUCAACAAAACCCAGAGUGUCUUUGAGGAAAUAAAUAACGAGCUGAGGGAGGAGCUGCCGGUUCUCUAUCAGAGCCGGAUAGGUUGCUAUGUGACGGUCUUCCAAAACAUAUCAAACCUGAGAGAUGUCUUCUAUAAGGAAAUGAGUGUGCUGAACCGUGAGCUGUACAAUGUGAUGAAGAAACUGGAGACUCAACACUCGGGAAAAGCCUUCAUCAUCAAGGGUCUGAACAGCACCACAAGCAAAUCAAAGAAGAGAAAGUCCCUGGUUAUCUCCAAUCCCAUCCCUUGCAAUACAGCUUUCCCAACCGACCACAUCUCCAUCCACUCCUCCACCGAAAACGGUAAAGACGCUGAGCCCUCUUCGCCCGUCCAACAAACUCAAAGCAUCUCCGAAGAAACCGGCCUGCCAGAUGAAAGCGGCGCCUCAUCCAAAGAUGUCAACUCGUCGGACUCCGAUCUCAGCUCCAGCGGCAGGGAAACGCCCCAGAGGCAAUCGAUGUCUGACAAUGAGACCAGCGACCGCAGCACAGGGAGUCAAAGUCCUGAGGCGGUGGAGCCAGAAGCCGACCUGGCUACAAACCAGUCCGAUGACUCUGGGGUGGGUGUGCCAAAGUCAGAUGCUACAAGUCAGGAGGUGUCCAAUCCCUCUGAUUCUGCAGAUAGUGCGCCGCAGAGUCCGGACCAUGAGACUGUGAGUGACCCAACAUCCAAGAGUCAGGAGCAGGAGAAUGUGAGUGACCCAACAUCCAAGAGUCAGGAGCAGGAGAAUGUGAGUGACCCAACAUCCAAGAGUCAGGAGCAGGAGAAUGUGAGUGACCCAACAUCCAAGAGUCAGGAGCAGGAGAAUGUGAGUGACCCAACAUCCCAAAGUCCGGAGCAGGAGAAUGUGAGUGACCCAGCAUCAGAGGAGGCAGGGCCAAAACCUCCCCCGGUCCCUGCCCCUCGCAUCUCCUUCCGCUGCACAGAUAGACCCGCCCUCUUAACAGCUAAGAAACAGGAGGAAACAUCGGUCCACCAGGAGACAGAUGACUCCAGUUCCCACAAUCCACCAGGCUUCCUAUACAAGGGGGUGGCGUUAGAGAGCCAUGCAGCGUCUGAAGACGGCCAGCUCCAGUUUGAAAAGGGAGACAUCAUCCUGGUGCUUGCUGACACUCAAGAGGAAGGCCUGGUGAAAGGGAUCAGGGAGGAGAGCUGGAACCAACACAGGGAUCUACAAAAUCACUCUGGGAUCUUCUCGGAAAAACUCCUCCAGCCAGUUCAGGCAGAGUGAGUCAAUAGUCACUCCUCAGUCUGUAAUACUUUCUCCUUCCUUCGAGCAGUUGGUGACUCACUCUCUCUCUCUCUCUCUCUCUCUCUCUCUCUCUCUCUCUCUCACACUCACACACACUCUCUCACACACACACACACACACACACACACACACACACACACACACACACACACACACACACACACACACACACACACACACACACACACACACACACACACAGGGAGUGAACCCAUACGUUGUGGGUGCAGAAGCUGUGCACACAGAUGAGCACAUGUCCCACGUGGGGCCUCACAUACUCUGUUGUUGCAACUUUUGUAAGGAAAAGAUUUCAAACAUUUUGCAAGGGAUGUUUGGAUUGUUAAAUGUUUCGGUAUUUUUGCAAUUUUUAAAAAGUCUUUCUGUGAAACACUGUGAAACAAAAUACAUGUUUUUUUUAUACUGAUGCUGUGAUCCUGUGUAAAAUGUCCUAAUAAAGUUAUAUAUA